AUGCUGAAAUCCUACGAAAUGUCCGACCAGCUCUGCGACCCCAUCAACCACCUGACGCAGUCCGAGCUGAUGGAGAAGUUCAACCUGGCCUUCUACGAGGGCCAGAGCCUGUCCAAGAGCGACGUGCUGUCGACGUUCAACGAAAACUCCUCGGACGCGGUGGACCUGGACGACGUCGCCGACGACUACCUCAUCGACUAUUUGAUCUCCAACGGGGAGGACUCGCUGGUGAGCACGCCCGGCAGCGAUGUGGACAUUAAAUUCGAUUUUGAAGACUUCGAAAUCGACUUCGAUCAGAAUUUCACGUUCAAUGGAGUGGAGAGUUUCGAUACGGAGACGUUCACCACGGAGAAUUCUUGCACUGAUACCGCGGCUAGUUCCAUUUGCAAUUUCUUCGCGUCUUGCCCGUGGGAGGAGAAGCAGAACGUGGAGGAUUUCGAGGAUAUUGGAGGGUUUAGCAGCAUUUUCGAUGGCGUAAAAUCGGAGUUUCCUGGUGAUUUUUUACCGCCUAUCGGAACCAUCAAAAACAACGUUAGCUUCAACAAUUUUUUGAGGACCGCUCCUUCGAACGAUUUGGAGUGCUCUAAUAGAAAUAUAUCUCAGAACACCGGCGAUUUCGGGCACCUUCUCAACGUAAAAUGCCCGGAAAACCAGCAUUUGAACCACCAGCAAUACGCGAAUGUAUUGGACAAUCAGAUGAUUCUAACGCAGAACGAUGCCCUGCUCAAUGACGAUCCGUUUUUGUGCAACUUAACGCCGAAAUUCGCGGAAAACGCUGGAGAAAAUGACUGCGAGGACUUUGAUAAUUCCGUAAAUCUCCAGUGCAAAUGGGAGAAUUGCUAUAGAUUUUACGAAUCGCAGGCGUCUUUGGUGAAGCACAUUGAAAAAUGCCACGUGGAAUUGAAAAGAGGUGAGGAAUUUACUUGUUUUUGGUCGGAAUGUCCCAGGAAAACGAAGCCUUUCAAUGCCAGGUACAAGCUUCUGAUUCAUAUGAGAGUGCACAGCGGAGAAAAGCCCAACAAAUGUCCGUUCGGCGGCUGCAACAAGGCCUUUUCCCGAUUGGAGAACCUGAAGAUCCAUCAGAGAAGCCACACGGGCGAGCGGCCUUAUUUGUGCCAGUUUUCCAGCUGCACCAAGAGCUUCUCCAACAGCUCGGAUCGGGCCAAGCAUCAAAGGACCCACUUCGAUACUAAACCUUACGCUUGCCAAGUAUACGGAUGCACCAAAAAGUACACGGACCCGAGCAGUCUUCGGAAGCACGUUAAGAACCACACGUAUGAAGAACAGAUGCAAGUUAAGAAGAAAACCAGCGAGGAGACGAUCAGCUUCACAGCGCAGUCGUUCGUUAAGAAAUACUUGGAUCCCGGUAAACAGAAAGCGGUGAAAACGAGCAACCCUUCGUUCUACGAUCACAGUUAUUCCUCCUCGUACGCCAAGCAAAUGAACUACACCAUCGCGGACGUGAAGCGCGAUUUAAAAAAUAAACUGUACGAAAAAACCAAAUCGCGAAAGGUGUACUGCUGAACGCUGCGCGCUAGGACCAAAUUGUUGUGAUAGUAAUUGUAACGGACAUUUCGAAAUCGGAUAUAGUUGAAUAGAAAGC